AAUAUUAUUUUUUCGUUUGAAGUUAUUUAUUUCGAAAUAUAAAUAUAUUCAUACAAUGGCGUUCAUCAAGAUAAUUAUGCCAAUGUUUAUCAUUGGUUUCAUCUUGUUGUUGGAGAGUGGUGGUGUACAAGCUCAAGAUGGUAGUCAAGAUAAUCAAGACGGUCAAGGCGGACAAGACGGACAAGACGGACAAGGCGGACAAGACAGUCAAGACGGUCAAGACGGUCAAGAUAGUCAAGAUGGUCAAGAUAAUCAAGGCGGUCAAGAUAAUCAGCGAACUCAAAAACGGUUUCGGCCAAGAUAUCAAACUCGAGCAAUGAUGUUUCUGGUAACGAUUUAAAUAAUAUUACAUCAAUGAUAUUAUUUUAUUUCAUAUUAUCAAUCAAUGGAUGUAACUUGAAAUUUAAUAUGAAUCGACAUGAAUAAAUCAAAUAAACAAAACAAAAAAC